AGUCAGAGGAGUGUAUAAGUCCUGCCCAACUGCCUUGCACCUGCUGCUUUCCACAGAGGCGGCAGGGGUGAGUCUCAAGGAACGAGCCUGGAGCGCAGUGCAGUGGUUCCUGCUGCUGAACUGCAGCAGUGUGAAUCCAGCGGACAUAGGAUUUUCUGGGCCUUUGUUCACCCACAGUCAUGGCUCAGUUCUCUUGGGAACCCAGCUUCCCUGAAUAUUUAAUGACGUGUAAAGCAGAAAACACAAUCAUUCCUCAGGAAACCAUCCAUUCAAUUGAGCAACAACUGACAAAUGGAAACAUUCAGUGGGAAAAAUCUGUACUAAGGGAUACAGUAAAAAAUAUUGAUGACAUCCCAAUCAACAUUGCUGUGAUGGGAAAGUCUGGAGCAGGGAAGUCCAGCUUCAUCAAUGCCCUGAGGGAGGCUGGUCCUGAAGAGGAAGGUGCAGCUGAAGUUGGGAUAGGAGAGUCAACUAUGGAGAGAAUUCCAUACAAAUACCUCCAAAUUGAAACUUUGUAUUUAUGGAAGCUGCCUGGCAUUGAAACUAUGGACUUUCAGCGAAAAUAUUAUCUGGAGAAAGCGAAAUUCCAAGAGUAUGACUUCUUCAUUAUUAUUUUUGACACGUGUUUUACAAAACUUGAACUAGACCUUGCCAGAAAAAUAAAACUUAUGAAUAAGAAUUUCUACUUUGUGAGAACCAAGGUGGACAUUGAUUUCCAUGAGAAAAAGGAAGUCAAACUGGACACCUUUGACAGAGAAAAGAGCCUGCAGCAGAUGAGAAGCGACUAUAUGAAUACCCUUUGUCAGAAUGACAUGGAUGCACCGCUGGUUUUCUUGAUCUCUAAUCACCAUUCAUAUGACUACGAUUUUUCAUUCCUGAGGCAGAUGCUGAAAAAGGAGGCACCGGUUCAAAAACGCUACAGUACUAUGCUUUUUUUGCAUGAUAUUACAGGGGCAGCCAUUGAAAGAAACCGUGACUCUAUUAAGGAGACUAUCUGGAAAGAAGCCAGCAUGCGUACCAUUUGGAAGAUCCUUCCUCUAGUGGGCACCUUCCUGGACAGUGAUGUGAAGAAGCAGAAAGAGAUUUUAAACCAAUAUCGUGUCCACUUUGGAGUGGAUAAUAAAUCACUGGAAUUCAUAGCUAAAGAUACCCAAGUGCCUGUUGAAAGGUUGAAAAAAAAACUUACAUCUCCUGGAUUGUCAGAAACUGAGAAAGAAGAAACAUUUACAGAAAUGCUUCUCAAAUUUGGGAAGAAUAUAGGCUCAACCCUUUUCAUGUCCUCUGCUAUACCUCAUUACUAUCGUAAAUUCUAUAACUUACAACUUCAGUGCCUUAACAUAGUGACUGAAGAUGCCAAAGUUCUCCUUAAAGAGACAUAUUUAAGAAACUAGUUCAAGCUCAACUCACCCUCAGCUACUGACCAUGACAACAUCAAAUGGUUAAUGCUAGGGAGCCAUUAGAUAAAUUCCCCCUUCUGACAUCGUUUCUUUACACUAGCCAAUCUACCACCACAUGGGAAAACCUAAGGAUAGGGUCAUGGGUCUUAAUAUGUCAGAACCGGGCAAUUCCCAAUCUCUCUUCAACUCUCUGCUCCCCCACACACACCCUCCUCUCUGUCUUUCAACUGAACAUGCAUACUUGAAUACACACACACACACACACACACACACACACACACACACUAAACUCUGUGUCAUCUCUAUAUUUCCUUACAAUGAUGUAAUGAUUUUUCUAUUGUAAUCUCUGUCUCUCUGGAACCUGUGCACAAUCAUUCCUUCCUUUUCAUGCAUCUUGUUCUGCUGCAUUCAUUGUGCCUCACAACACACACACACACACACACACACACACACACACACACACACACACACCUGAAUGAUACUUCUUUCUGCACUCAUCAAGUCUGUUUUAGAGAGUAAUUACCAUGACUUGUAGAUUCUAUCAACAGGAC